AUGGCUGGUGGUGAUGAUAUCCUCUUGAUGGGGGCAUCUUCCAUGGGUUCCACUACCGGAACUAGACAUGAACAGAUCGAUUUAAUGCAAUCAGUUGGUGAAGAAUUUUCAAGCAUUCACGAACCUCUGCCUCCACCAAAAUACCCCAGGUUCAUAGGAGGGGAGAAAGUUUAUCAUCAAUCUUUACGAGCCAGAGAAGGACGAAGGGAAGGUGCUAAUACUGUCCUGCCUCAGAAGGAAAGGUUUAGCACAGAAUCUGAAAAAGGGAGGAAAAUAGUUCAGGUUACCAAAGCAAAACCAAAUGUGAACUCGAGAUCAAUUGAGUCAGCCGGCAACGAUAGGAAGGGCCGUUUCAUUCACUUUGAAGCAACUACAUCAAGCCAUAGAUCAAGCCCUCGAUCAGUGGGGUUUGCUAGGACACGUCACCGGUCCUUCUCAGGUAGCGUCUCAGGCAAGCGAACGCAUUAA